AUGGCGUUCAUCGCUAAGACUUUCUACGACCUCCGUGCGACAUCUCUGCAGGGGGAGUCCAUCGAUUUCAACAUCUACAGAGGACGGGUGGUCUUGAUCGAGAAUGUGGCCUCUCUUUGAGGGACCACCACCCGGGACUACAGCCAGCUCAAUGAGCUGCAGGGCAGAUACCCUCACCGGCUAGUGGUCCUGGGCUUCCCAUGCAACCAGUUCGGGUACCAGGAGAACUGCACAAAUGGAGAGAUACUGAACUCACUGAUGCACGUGCGCCCAGGAGGAGGGUUCAAGCCGUGCUUCACCAUGUUUGAGAAGUGUGACGUGAACGGCACAAACACACACCCAGUUUUCGCAUAUCUGAAAGAUAAACUUCCCUAUCCUGAUGAUGACCCCAGCAUCCUCAUCCAAGACCCCAAGUUCCUUGUGUGGAGCCCAGUCAGCAGGGCGGACAUCUCCUGGAACUUUGAAAAGUUUUUGAUCGGGCCCGAGGGAGAGCCGUUUAAGCGCUACAGCAAAAAUUUUAAAACCAUCGACAUUGAGCCCGACAUCCAGCGACUCUUAAAACUAACCAAGAACUAA